AUGUAUAAAAUAAUCUAAAAAUUAGGAGAUGGUGUUUUUGGAAGUGUAACAAAAGCACUUGAUGAAAGAACUCAUGAAUUUGUGGCAAUAAAAUCUUAUCGAGAUAAUUCAAUUAAGGAUGAAACAAAAAUAAAGGAAAUCUAAAUACUUAAAAAGCUAAAUCAUCCAAACAUUAUAAAAUUAAGGGAAGUGAUAAAGCAAAAUAAAACAAUAGCAAUAGUGCUUGAUUAUUCUGAGAGGAACUUGUUAUAAUAUUAUAAAUCUGUAAAAGAGAAAAAUAGAACUCUAUGUGAACAGCAGAUUUAAAGCAUAGUAUAUUAAAUAGCUAGUGCUUUAAAUUAUUUGCAUAAUCAAGGAUAUUUACAUAGGUAUAGCUUUUGAUUUAUUAAUAGGGAUUUAAAACCAGAGAACAUUAUGAUAUAAGACAAUGGCAUUGUAAAAUUAAUAGAUUUUGGAUAAGUUACAUAUUAAAAUGAACAACAUACAGAUUAUGUUUCUACUAGAUGGUAUAGGGUAAUGUAUAAUUGUUAUUAAUUUAGUCUCCAGAGUAAAUCAAAUAAGAAUAAUAUAAUCAAGAAGUAGACAUAUGGGCUUUAGGAUGUAUUUUAGCAGAGUUAUAUCUAUUGAAUCCAUUAAUACCUGGUACAACUGAAAUUGAUUAAUUAUACCAGAUUUAAAAUCUCAACUUGGAUUAACAUUAGAAAUUAAUUCCUCAAUAACCUUUGAAUCUAAUCAAAAGCAUGCUUUAAGAAGAUCCACUAUAGAGAAUAACUGCAGUAGAAGUUCUAUAAUGUAAUUGGUUAUCUUAACCAUUUAAAUUUUUACCUAAAGAAUUAGAAUUGAAAGAUGAUACUAAAUAUUUAAUAAGUCCUCUAUAGACACCUGCAAAAGCUAAUAAAGCAUAUGCAAAAUAAGAGAAUAAUUAGAACCUUAUGAAUCAUCAUACUAAACCUAAUUUUAAUUUUAAUACUUAGAAUGUUGUUUCUAAUAAUCUUGAAGAUGAUUUAGAUUGUGCCUACAUUCCUUCUUAUGCCUCAUCAAUAUAAGGUACAAACAAAAAGAGGCAAUUAAGAUUAUAACCUGAUGAAUAAUAAAACUCUUAAAGAUAAUAAUAAGAACUCUAGUAAUAAUAUCAAAUUACUAGUACUAUUAAUUAAUCAUAACCAAAUACUAAAAACUUUUAUUCGAAACCGUACAUAUUUUUUAUAUUUUUUAUAGAUUAUUAAAUACCUAGAAGAAAUUAGGAAAUCAACCAGAAAUUUAUUGA